AUGGCAGACGGCUGUAGGAAGUGUUGGGUUGGAGAAGCCUACCCCACACACUCACUUCCUCCCAGCUCCUCCAGAAACACCCGCUUCUCAGCGAGCUUGUCAGACUGGCGGGAGGAAGUGGCAGUGUGCCUUGCUUCACAGUUGCCCAAGAGUCAGCGUAUUCCUCCCGGAGAGUGGAGAGCAUGGCCGCUUGCAGUUGCACGCGCGGGACACGACAGAAACGAGGUUCCCCUGCUCCGCCGCCGUGGCUCCCAAGACGUGGAUGAGCAGAGACGCCGCGGCCGCGGGAGCGCCGAGUGCGCCGGGAAGCGCGGGGAACGCGGAUCGCAGACCCACGCCAGGCAGCGCGCCCGCGCGCGCGCAGGGACGACUGCUCUCCCGACGCUCGGCGCUCGAGCGUUCGGGUUCCCCGCCUGGGGCGCCGCGGGUCUUUCGGCAGCCCAGAGGAAGUUUGCUCACUCACUCAGAGACUUCAAGUUCGAGUUCAUUGGUGACGCGGAGACUGAUGACGAGCGCUGUAUAGAUGCCUCCUUACGGGAAUUUUCAAAUUUUUUGAAGAAUCUAGAAGAACAGAGAGAAAUUAUGGCAUUAAGUGUAACCGAAACCCUGAUUAAGCCCUUGGAAAAAUUCAGAAAAGAGCAACUCGGAGCUGUAAAGGAAGAAAAAAAGAAGUUUGACAAAGAGACAGAGAAGAAUUAUAGCCUAAUUGAUAAACAUUUGAAUCUAUCAGCCAAAAAGAAAGACUCACAUUUACAAGAGGCGGAUCUCCAGUUGGAGCAAAACCGGCAGCACUUUUAUGAACUGUCUCUUGAAUAUGUCUGUAAGCUUCAGGAAAUACAAGAAAGAAAGAAGUUCGAGUUUGUGGAACCUAUGCUGUCAUUUUUUCAAGGAAUGUUUACUUUUUAUCAUCAGGGCCAUGAGCUUGCCAAAGACUUCAAUCACUACAAGAUGGAACUACAAAUCAACAUUCAGAAUACACGGAAUCGAUUUGAAGGAACAAGGUCGGAAGUGGAAGAGCUUAUGAACAAAAUCAGACAGAAUCCCAAGGACCACAAACGAGCAAGUCAGUUCACAGCAGAAGGCUACCUGUAUGUCCAGGAAAAAAGGCCAGCUCCUUUCGGUUCCAGUUGGGUCAAACACUACUGCAUGUACCGGAAAGCGGCCAAGAAGUUCAACAUCAUCCCCUUUGAGCACAGAUCUGGGGGAAAACUUGGGGAUGGAGAGGUGUUCUUUUUGAAAGAAUGUACCAAAAGGCAUAUGGACUCAAUUGACCGAAGGUUUUGUUUUGACAUAGAAGCUGCUGACCGGCCCGGCGUGUCCCUGACCAUGCAGGCGUUCUCGGAGGAGGAGCGGAGGCAGUGGCUAGAAGCACUGGGUGGAAGAGAGGCUCUGUUCCACAGUUUUAACAGAGCCAUCAUCCCAAGGCCAGAAGGAAGUGCACAGUUGGAUACAAUGGGAUUCACGAUUCUGAAAAAAUGCAUCAGUGCAGUUGAAACGCGAGGUAUAAAUGACCAAGGAUUAUACAGAGUUGUGGGGGUGAGUUCAAAGGUCCAGAGACUUCUGAGUAUGUUGAUGGAUGUAAAAACUUGCAGUGAGCUAGACCUAGAGAAUUCUGUAGACUGGGAAGUGAAGACCAUAACAAGUGCCCUGAAACAGUAUUUGAGGAGUCUUCCAGAACCUCUCAUGACCUAUGAGUUACAUGGAGAUUUCAUUGUUCCAGCCAAAAGUGGCAGCCCAGAAUCUCGAGUCAAUGCCAUCCAUUUCUUGGUGCACAAACUUCCAGAGAAGAAUAAAGAAAUGUUGGAUAUUUUGGUGAAACACUUAACAAACGUUUCCAAUCACUCCAAGCAGAAUCUAAUGACUGUGGCAAAUUUAGGAGUGGUGUUUGGACCAACGCUGAUGAGGCCACAGGAAGAAACCGUUGCUGCCAUCAUGGAUCUGAAGUUUCAGAAUAUUGUUGUGGAGAUUCUAAUUGAAAACCACGAAAAGAUUUUUCGGACCUCACCUGAUACCACAUUCCCUGAGUCUGUGUGCCUGUCGUCUUCACCCCCAAAUGCUCCACCAAGGCAAUCAAAGAGACAAGGACAGAGAAUGAAGAGACCUGUGGCUGUGUACAAUCUGUGUCUUGAGCUGGAAGACGGUGAUAGUCCUAACUCUCCAAAGGAGGACACCCCUGCAAGCAGUCAGGACUCACUGUCCUCCCCAUCUCCUACGACUGCAGCUGCCCAUGGGUCCCCUGCACCAGACAGAAAUCACGUCCUGGCAGAUGGAGGAGCCUGCGGGGACUUGGCAGCCACUACCCCAGGCCAAACUCGAUCAUCUAUGGCCCAGUGGCUUAACCCACAGUCUCCAACAACACCAGGCCCCAACACAGCUGUUCCACCUCCUUCACCCAGUUCAUCUCCUUUCCCCACCUCUCCUGCUGCCACCAGAGCUGACAAGCCCCUGGAAAGUGUUAUCAAUCGGAGAGCUCGAGCAGUGUACCCGUGUGAAGCAGAACACAGUUCGGAGUUAUCUUUUGAAAUAGGAGCCAUUUUUGAGGAUGUACAAACCUCGAGGGAACCUGGCUGGCUCGAAGGGACUCUGAAUGGCAAGAGGGGUCUGAUUCCCCAGAAUUAUGUCAAGCUGCUGUAGCCCCGGGCCUCAGCGGGCCCUGCUGACCUUGGACCCCGCACGCCUGCCUGGGAGCGGCACUUCACACACCGGACCACACUCGGGAAUCACAGUCACCUCCGGCACUCCAGGGCCGGGAAUGUGGAGGGAACUUGGCGCACAGCACUGUGUAGAUUGGUGGAUGAGUACAGACAAGUGGGUUAACAGAAGGGAUUUUUCCAUUGUCCAGAAUCAGGACGUGGGGGAAUCUGAAUUAUUCAUCCUGUAGAAGGAGAGGGAGGACAGCUGCCUGCCACCUCCACUGGCAUCCACAGCACCAGGCCCACGGAGGAUCCCUCUCCUCCCACCCGCCGCUGAGAUGUUAAAGGGAACUGUCCUUCCUCCACUGGGCUGCAGUUUGGGGAGCAGACUGGGGCGCAGGCGGCUGCUGGUACAGGGGGAUUGGUCUCAACCCGGGGGAAGCAGAGCGGCCCUUUCCAAGCCUGCUCCUUCCCGAAUGGCCGGCCUGGGGACCCCACGCUCACUCCACCUGCCCUGAGCACACCGCGUAUUUAUAACAGGCUCCUCCUCGGUGCUCCUCACCUGAGUGCUGUUUGCCCGGUGCCACCUUUUUACCCACGAUCUCUCUGUAAAUGAAAUAAAGUGUAAUUUACUAUUCAA